AUGGUCGGCCCUCCGCCUCUCACGGGGAUCAAAGUCCUCGAAUUCGCCGGCCUCGCCCCGGGCCCAUUUGCAGGAAUGCUCCUCGCCGACGCCGGCGCCUCCGUCCUCCGCAUCGACCGCACCGUCGGCGGCAGCGGGACCCCGCUGCCGACCGAGGACAUGCUGGCGCGCCACAAGGCCUCCGUCGCCGUCGACCUCAAGUCCAAGGACGGCGUGGAUUUCGUCAAGAGCCUCGCGUCAAAAGCGGACGUCAUCAUCGACCCGUUCCGCCCGGGCGUCCUCGAGAAGCUGGGCCUGGGCCCGGAGGUGCUGUGCGGUCUCAACGGCGGGCUCGUGUACGGACGCAUGACGGGGUUCCGCCGCGACGGGCGGUACAAGGACAUGGCGGGCCACGACAUCAACUACCUCGCCGUGUCGGGGCUGCUGGGCCUCCUGGGCCGCGAGGGGGAGAAGAUCCAGCCGCCGUGGAAUAUUUUGGCUGAUUUCGCGGGCGGCGGGGCGGUGCUUUUCCAGGGCGUGUUGAUGGCGUUGCUGGCGAGGGAGAGGAACGGCGGCAAAGGGCAGGUUGUGGAGGCGAACAUGGUGGAUGGGUCGGCGUACCUGGCCACGUUCCCGCGGUUCGCGCUCAAGGGGCCGCUUGGGGAUGCGGGGAGGGGGAAGAACAUCUUGGACGGCGGGUGUCCUUAUUACGAUACCUACGAGACCAAGGACGGCAGGUAUAUGGCCGUCGGGGCGCUGGAGCCGCAGUUCUUCAGGGCGCUGGUGCAGGGGUUAGAGCUGGACAGGACGUGGGAGGAGAGGAGGUUCGACCGUGAUAAUUGGCCGGAGUUGAGGGAGCUUCUGACGAGAACGUUCAAGAGUAGGACGAGGGCGGAGUGGGAGAAGGUGUUUGAUGGGACAGAUGCGUGUACCACACCUGUAUUGGAGUACUCAGAGCUCGAGACGGAACCGGAGAGGGAAGGUGAUCAGAGGCCGGUGGUGACGCUGGUGGAGACGCCGUGUCUGGCCGUCGAUGAAGCCAAGACGGGGGAUCCGAGAAGAGGCCAAGGUCCGGGGGUGCCAGGAAGAGGAUACGAAGGCUUCACCCUAGCCCCUGGCGAUGGUGCGGAGAGGGUGCUCUCGGAUUGGUUCGGGUGGAAGAAGGGGAGAGAUUUUGAUGUGCAAAAUGGAGGGCUGAUACUCAAAGCAAAGUCAAAGCUUUGA